AUUAAGUAAAUCUAAUGAUGUACAAUGCCAGGAGACACAUGCGUAUACAUUUCUUUAUAUGUUUGGAGAGUCACACUAGUGUUAUUAGCUCUUUUAAAGCAGUGGAAAUAUUGUAGUGUGAGCAAAAAAAAUUGAUCGAGUUCUAAGAAAACCCGUGCAAUGUAUUCCACAAGUUCUAGAACUUCUUUCAUCGAGACCAUCAACGACGACUCAAGUAUUGAUGACGUCUUUAAAGCUUCAAUAAACUCUCAUCGCUUUCUUUCCCACGAGAGCAGUAUCAGCUCUCAUGAAAGCAGUAUCAACUCGCACAAGAGCAGUAUCAGCUCCCUUGAGAACUGCAUCAUCUCCAACAAAGAUUGGUACGACUCGGUUGGUACUAUCGCCUACUCUGUUCAAUGUGAUACCUCGAGUGGUGUGACGUCAGCCCACGACGAAAGCUUGGACGCCAUCUACUUUGAGUCGAGAUGUCCUCGGACCGAGUCGACACACAGUCUGGCAUGCUCAAUACGCACUGGCUCCACCUGGUACCCGGGCCCCCCAAAUAACCCCGUGCGAUUACGACCUCCUCCCGUGCCUCACAGAACAGUUCAAAAGGAAACUACCACCUUGACACAUCAAGGCCCGACGUCUCGGAAUCAUUCUGAGCGUUUACCUUCGUACGAGCCUCAUCACGACUGUCUCACGACCCCCCUCUGUUCACCAGAGUGCCGUCUGCGGAAUCGCCCCAUUAUUUCAUUCCAAUCUCACUGUCGAACAUCCAAAGACCGUAUUGACCCCACAAUCACGACUGGGGAACGUCUCAUUGUUUCUACGUCACAAAAAGAAAGCAUUGACAGAGUGUUCCGGCCAACUGGGACCCGCUCUAAAAAACGUUGGCGUUGCUGUAAGAGAAGGGGCCCAAAGUACAACAAGCCGAGAGCUCGCACAAAAACAACCAUGUGCCUGUUGAGGAGAAAUACGAUAUGGACGUUAACUGGCCUGUCCCUGAUACUUAGUUUGGCUUCAUGUGGCCUCUUGGUCAGCGUUGAGCUGGGAACCGAUGCAGUGGCGUGGAAUAACACCCGAUGGCGGGAGGAAUCAUUUGAGAUCUGCCUUCCGUGCAACCACCCUUUGCGCUCCCAGACGGGCGGUGAUUGGGUACAUAAACAUGAUGUUCAGUUGCAAUGCUGCACGAAGAAUGUCUCACAUUUCCAAAGUCUUUUACAGUCGGUAGGUCUAGAGCAUGUUUAUCUGUCAGGAUGUAUACUCUGUGUGUAUAGUAUGUGUGUAUAGUAUGUGUAUUUAUUAUGUUCUUGAACUAUGUGUUUAUACUAUGUGGGUACUAUGUGUGUGUAUUAUGUGUGUAUUUUGUGUGUAUAUUAUUUGCGUAUACUAUGUCCGUUUACUAUGUGUGAAUACUAUGUGCGUAUACUAUUUGCAUAUACUAUGUACGUAUACUAUGUGGGUAUACUAUGUGCGUAUACUAUGUACGUAUACUAUGUGGGUAUACUAUGUGGGUAUUAUAUGUCCGUAUACUAUGUGCGAAUACUAUGUGAGUGUACGAUGUGCGUAUAGCAUGUGUAUAUUAUAUGUGUGUAUACCCUGUGCGUACACUAUGUGCAUAUACUAUAUGUGUAUACUAUGUGCAAAAACUAUGUACGUAUACUAUGUGCAUAUAUACUAUGUUCGUAUAAUAUAUGCGUAUACUAUGUGCGAAUACUAUGUGUGUGUACUAUGAGCGUAUACUAUGUGCAUAUUGCAUAUACUAUUGUUACGCACUGCCUUCUAUUGUGAGAAAUUAAUCUCCUAUUUUAAAUUCAUGGCUCGUUCAAACAGUGCCUAACAAGGGACGUUACCAUAGAGAAAUACAAUAACAAAAAUGCGACACCCAAAACAGUACGGUAGCGUUUGUUUUGGGCGUGGUUUAAAUUCUCUUUGAUGUAUCUUGUUGACAACCACUGCCAAUUACACAUUGGGUAUUAUGUCUCCUGGUAUCUUGUCGAAUCUUCUCGAUAACCCGGGACAUGUAAACAAGACGUACUAAUUCUUUUCUGGAAGCGUCUUACGCUACAUGUAUAUAAAAAAGAUUUAAACGGAGAUUCAGAUAGGUUUUAUUAACUUUACGAGACGUGUAUUAUUCUUUGUGUGCUUAUACGUGUUUAUUCGCAUUUUCAUUCAUUGGCAUAUUGUACACAUUGUGUACCGGUACUAGCUCUACACUACUCUGUAAGUCGAUAAUUUAUAAUUAUAUUUCUUUUUUUUAUAAUUGUAUUAUUACUGAAUUAAAUCUUAUUAAUUGAAAUUUUUACUGUUUUGGGUGUCGUACUUGUGUUAUUGUAUUUCUAUAUGGUAUCGUCCUUUGUUAGGCACUCGUUGAACGAGCCAUAAAUUUAAAAUAGGAGAUUACUUUCUCUUAAUACAAGUCAGUGCGUAACAACUAUUACAAACAAAAGAAAUAUAAUUACAAAUCCUCAACUUACAGAGCAUUGGAAAAUCUUGUACCGGUACACAGUUGUUAGUACAAUGUGCGAAUUAAUAAUAAUGAAUGAUCAAUGCGAACAAACACAUAUGAGCACAGAAAGAAUAAUACACGUCUCGUGAAGUUAAAAAUAUCUCUCGAAAUCCCUCUCUCUCUGUGUCUGUCAAUCCCGUUAUAUAUAAAGCGUGGGCCCUGCCUUCCAGAAGCUACUCAGCAUUUGUUUACGUUUCUCGGCAAAUCGAGAACCUUCGACAAGAGACUAGGAGACAGACUAACCAUGUUUAAUUGGUCGUCGGUAGUAAACACGAUACAUCAAAGAGAUCAACCAUGGCCACAACAAAUGCUAACGUCUGGUAGGAAUCUAAAGUGGGGUGAAACAAAGUUCAAUCAGGGGGAAAAGUGUACUACAUAACUAUGUUCGUAUACUAUGUGGGUAUUCUAUGUGCGUAUAAUAUAUUGGUAUACUAUGUGUGUAUACUAUGUUGGUAUACAAUGUAUACUAUGUGCGAAUACUAUGUGCGUAUACUAUGUGCGUAUACUAUGUGGAUAAACUAUGUCCGUAUGCUAUGUUGGUAUACUAUGUGCGUAUGCUAUGUUGGUAUACUAUGUGCGUAUACUAUGUUCGUGUAAUAUGUGGGUAUUCUAUGUGUGUAUACUAUGUUGGUAUACUAUGUGCGUAUACUAUGUUGGUAUACUAUGUGCGUUUACUAUGUGGGUAAACUAUGUGCAUAUACUAUGUUGGUAUACAAUGUAUACAAUGUGCGUAUACAAUGUGCGUAUACUAUGUGGGUAUAGACUUUGUUUAUAUCUUAUCUACUGAUGUAGAAUAUUUUAAUCUAAACUUUUUCUUAAGACUUUCAGAAAUGCUCCAGGUGUUUGUGAACAUGUCCUGGUCAUGUUUCAUGUAGUCCAACAUUUCAUUGAUGUAAUUCUAUUAGUAAUACAUCAGUGCUAAUUUAGUGUUGAACUUUUAUAUUUUAAAAUGUGCCACGUUGAGGCAAAGGCUUUAAGUGGUAAUUGCCUCGCGUGGGAACAUCACUGGAGCGCCAAUGUUGUCUUUAGUUAUAGAUAGAUAAGACCUCAAAAAUGAAUUUAAAAACGCUAUCCCAUGUCAUUGAUAUUAAAUAAUAUUUUCUAAAAAUCGAAAGGAGAGAUUUAGUGACCCCAUCAAAUUAAUGAAAAAAAAAUGUACCAACCAGUGGUAUAGAUAGGGUUAGUUCACACAGGAGGGUGAAAAGCAUUCCCCCACACCAUUCUACGAGAAAACCAAGUAUGCAGUUUGCACCUAAUGUUAAAACAAAGUGCUGCCAGGGGCGAAAAACCCAGUCCGCCACCUUCCUAAACCAUUGGUACCAACAAUGGGGCUUAUUUUAAAAGAAGAUUUUACCAUUCCCCCUAUUGGCAAACAUUUUGUAUGUGGAAGUGGGUGGGAGUGGGUGGGUAAUGCAAUGAAUUACUGCACAGAGUUCAGCAAGAUUUUUUUUUUAAUCUAUUGAAAAAGAACACGACUUUAGAAAAUAUUAAUACUUAGUUUAUAAUCCCCCUCUGCUAAGCUAAGAAAUGGUUUGAGGAAAAGCUAUCAACUCUAAUGACUAAUCAAAGCUAUCCACAUUAAUGAGUAGCCAAAGCUAUCAACAUUAAUGAUUAGCAAAAGCUAUCAAAAUUAAUGACUAGUGAAAGCUAUCAACAUUAAUGACUAGUCAAAGCUAUCAACAUUCAUGACUAGCGAAAGCUAUAAACAUAAAGACUCGUCAAAGCUAUCAACAUUAAUGGCUACUGAAAGAUUUCAUUAGUGACUAGUCAAAACUUUCAACAUUAAUGGGUUGUAAACGCUUUCAACAAUAAUGACUUGUCAAAGCUAUCAACUUUUAAGACUAGUCAAAGCUUUCAACAUAAAGUACUAGUCAAAGCUAUCUUUAUUAAUUACUUGUCAAAGCUUUUGUGUGAUCUAAACUGAUAGCAAUUUUGUUAUCCUCUGUACCAGGCCUGCACAAUUCAAAAUGUAAGGCGGGCAAAAUCCUUUAUGAAAAACUUGUGCUGGCCAAAAGAAAAUAGGAUGGGGAAGGGGGGGGGGGCUAUCAAGAAAAUAAUAAGAAUAAAGAAUAAUUCGUAACUUAACGGGCCACAAAGAUAAAGAAAAAAGGGAGGGGAAGGGGGGGGGGGCUAUCAAGAAAAUAAUAAGAAUAAAGAAUAAUUCGUAACUUAACGGGCCACAAAGAUGCUGCUGGUGGGCCGCAUGCGUCCUGCGGGCCGUAUGUUGUGCAGGCCUGCUCUAUGUCAUUCAAUGUUUUUAAACUUUUUUAAUUAAUUGCAGAUUCUAAACGACUCUAACUUAAGCAAAGGUCAGUAUUUUAUGUGGAAAAGAUUAAGCUCUCAGUUAUUAAAUCAUAUUAAACGUUUAUUUUUAUUUUUAGACAUGACAAUCGAUACUUCCUACUAAAGGAGAAAGCUCUAUAGUCUCUAGCCCACGUUAAUUACUGAUGGAUUAAUCUCUGCAAAAAAAAAAACUUACCACCCCCCACACCAUGCCCCCCCCCCUUCCCCAAAAAAUCCCUUGAAUAUAUUAACACCGAAAUAACCAUUUGGCCUGGGUUGGAAGAGUAUUACAUUGGGCCAGGAGUUGACUUACGACUACCCUAGCAGGAAAUCCAACAGGCCAGGGGAUUAUAUGACGGAUAUUUGUCAUAGGAUUUCCAUAGAAAGUUUAUGCCCUAUAAGUUUUGUUAGUGUUAAGCUAUUUAUACAUUAACAUAAGGCAAUAACUUGUAAUAUUUUGAAUAUAUUCUCCCCUGAGGUUGGUGUUAUUGCAGAUCCUGUGGUUACCUGGGGGCUAGAAUUUUGGGAUAAUAAAGAAAUUGAUGUUGCCACAAGUUUAUUUUCCCCCAUGAUGAUGCUUUAUGACAUUUGACAACCUCCACAUUUGGUGCUGUCCAUAGAUUGUAAAAGGCCUGCAUAUCCCCAAGCUUCACUCAACACCAAAGUUAAUAUGACCGAAAACAUUGGAAUAGCCCGACGGGGAUGGUACUAUGUCUACUCAAAGGUUCACUUCAAGCAGUUCAACUGCAGCCAGGUGGGUUGGAACAUUUAGACGGGAACUGUUUUAUUCCACAUAUCUACAUUAAGUAUAAUGAAUAAUAAGGUCUUAGAACUAUAUUGAAUGAUUAGGUCUUAAAAAUAUAUUGAAUGAUUAGGUCUUCAAACUAUAUUGAAUGAUUAGGUCUUAAAACUAUAUUGAAUGAUUACGUCUUCAAACAAAAUUGAAUGAUUAGGUCUUAAAACUUUAUUGAAUGAUUAGGUCUUCAAACUAUAUUGAAUGAUUAGGUCUUCAAACUAUAUUAAAUGAUUAGGUUUUAAACUGUCUGUAGUUUUAAGAUGGCAUCAACUAAACUUGUUAUGAUGUCUGUAGUAAUGGGAUGGCUCCAGCUAACAAAGUUAUAUGGUCUGUAGGAUUGUGGGAUGGUACCAACUAACACAUUUAAAUUUAUGAUAUCUGUAGUUAUGGGAUAGCACGAUCUACUACCGUUUUGCUGUCUGUAGUUAUGGGACGGCACCAACUAAUAGAGUUAUGUUGUCUGUAGCUAUGGAGUGGCUCCAGCUAACACAGUUAUGCUGUCUGUAGUUAUGUGAUGGCAACAGCUAACACAGUUAAGCUGUCCGUAGUUAUAGAAUGGCCCCAACUAACCGAGAUAUGAUGUCUGUAGUUAUGGGAUGGCACUAUUUAACAGAGUUAUGUUGUCUUUAGUUAAGGAAUGGCUCCUACUAACACAAAUAUGCUCUAUGUAGUUAUCUGAUGGUACCAAUAAACAAAGUCAUGAUGUCUGUAUUUAUGGGAUGUCACAAACUAACAUAGUUAUACAAUAUAAAUUAAAAGAUUACAUUCAAGCCUAGUGAAUGAAUGAAAUAGUAAAACGAGAUAUGUGGAAGCUUGAAUUAGUGAACAGGACAAAAAGAUAAGGACGCUUCGGCAUAAAACUUUCUUCAGUUAACAGUAGACAUGAAAAUAUCACAAAGAAUAGAGCACAGUAGACAACUCAAGAAGUAUCCAUUAUUGUCGCCCUAAGGGGGAACACAGGAAGCGAGAGACUAUAAAUAUUGACACUGUGAAACAUGAGGUCCACAAUAAUAAUGGACCAGAAUAUCCAUGGAUACAUAAACACACAGCAAUAAGAAAAUUGAUGAAAAAUAGGGAAACAGAAACAUCAGUAGAAUAUUAUUUGUUUAAUACCAUAUGGAGAAAUGAUGCCAAACAGCUGAAUAAAUUUAUUUUCCAUUUUAACUCUCUCUGAUGGGUUACUGCGUGAAGUAAGUGGCGUAAUGAUUACAGCCAGUGCACCUUUAUGUUUUUUCUGUUGAAAUGAGAAGAGACUGGGAAGGUUUACAUUGCUCAAAAGCCCGGAGAUGUUCAGUAAACCUAUCAGCCAAUCUUCUCCAAGUUUCACCUAUGUAACUAGAUUGGCAUCUACGGCACACAAUCGCCGAAACGUCCUUAUCUUUUUGUCCUGUUCUCUAAUUCAAGCUUCCACCUACCUCGUUUUACUAUACCAUAGUUAUGCUAUCUGUAGUUAUGGAAUCUCACGAACUAACAGAGUUAUGAUGUGUGUAGUUAAAGAUUGCAUCAACUGACAAAGUUAUGAUUUCUGUUGUUAUCAGAUUGCACUAACUGAGUUAUGCUGUCUGUAGUUAUGGAAUGGCACCAUCUAACACAGUUAUGCUGUCUGUAUUUAUGGAUUGCACAAACCUACACAUUGGGCCAGCAUAAUAAACCACCGAGCACAGACCUGUGGGCCAACAGAAUGGACCACUAAUUUAUUACAUUCUACAUGUUACAUUCUAGAGCACCGACCUGUGGGGCAACAUAAUGGACCACUAAUUUAUUACAUUCUACCUGUUACAUUUUAGAGCACCGACCUGUGGGGCAACAUAAUGGCCCAAUGAUUUAUUACAUUCUUUCUGUUACAUUCUAGAGCACCUACUUGUCGGCCGAAAUAAGAAAUAGCAGACACGGCAUGAAUACGACCUUGAGCAAAUUGGUGAAAACAUACUCUCACGGUACAUUAAACUCCAGUGCAUCGACAAGCUUUACAGGUGAGGCAAUUAAUGGCUAACACUGGUUACAGGUAUGUCAAAGAAUCCUUUAAGGUCCAAGGUACUGUUUUUUUCCUUCAAGACAAGGCUGAACUUGUCACAUACUUAGAAUAAUAAUAAUAAUAAUAAAUUUCAUUUCAAAAACACGCUUCAUCCCCAAAGGCUCGAAGCGCGGUACAAAGUCAAAAAAAAAACAAAUCUAUAGUUUACCACAUUUAAAAAACACGCAACACGACAAAAACUAAAUACAAGUAUACAAUGGCAAAGUCUUUCUAGCCAUUUCAACCAUAAGCAACACAGCCAUUAUGCAUUAACUGGAAAAUAAUGUUGACAAUCAUCCCAGAAGGUGUUUGCGAAAUAGAUGUGUCUUUAAAUCGGUUUUAAAGGACUCCAGUGUCUGGUUGUUUCUGAGAUCGACAGGAAGGGCAUUCCAAAUUGUUGGACCAGCAAAUGCGAAAGUGCGCUUUCCGUAAGUCUCAAGGCAAACACGUGGUGUCGAGAGUUUGCCACUAUCGGAUGAGCGGAGCUCUCUAGUGGGUACAUAAGGCGUCAGCAGCUCUUUCAGAUAGGACGGCGCCAGGUCAUGUAAGCAGCGGUAGCACAAAGUUGCGAUUUUGUACUCCAUGCGAGCACGCACUGGCAGCCAGUGCAGCUCUCUCAGAAGUGUUUUUGCAUGGUCAAACUUGCGUUUGCGGAGAACAAUGCGAGCCGCAUUAUUCUGUGCUAUUUGAAUUUUAUCCAGGAGCGUAGCUGGAAGACCCACCAUAAGAGCAUUGCAAUAGUCCAUGCGUGAUAGCACAAAUGCAGACAUCAGCCUCUUUGUUGCAUCAAUUGUUAGGAAGGGCCUGAUGUGACUAAUCCUGCGCAGCUCUAGAAAAAUCGCCUUGCAUAGCAUGUUAAUAUGACUUUCAAAAGUUAAUCUUCCAUCUAGGUAGACACCCAGGUACCGCAGAAGGGAUUUGUCACAUGAUUAGGUUGAAUUUAACACAAUGUAUGUAGACUGAAUUUUUCAUGUAGACUGAAUAUGUCACAGUCAAUUAUUUAAUUUAACACAGAAAUAGACUGAAUAUAAAACACCAGUAGGCUGAAGUGGACAUCACGAAAAAAUGACGAGCACAGGAAAAUCAUUUUGUACAAUACUUGCAAUCCAGAACGAAAGCUCUGCGAAAGAGACGAAAAACUAAGUUUAGUAUUUCCUGUUAAUAAUGUGUGGGUGGCGUGCAAUGCAAAAGUCAGGAAUAGAAACAUUGCAAAUCCCAUCUACAUGCAUAGGAGCCAAAAUGAUCAAUAAAUUGAUGGUGUGCCCUUAAGAUUUAGAAGAAGAAGAAAAAAGCAGAGACAACCAACGAUUGUUAAUGUCCCCGUUUGUUUACAACAAUCCUCUUCCUUUCACCUAUGUACAGUUUGUGUCUAGUGAUCAGACUAGAAGAUAUUAGCGGGAUUAGGCUUAAUGGAAAUUGAUUCUUAUUUCGUCAUUUUUUAAAAAAACAUCUUUUCCUAACAACAACAAUCUCGAGUUACUAAAGAAGUUGGGUUUUUUAAAAUGAUGUCAACAAUUCUUAUGUAAAUACAUUUUGUUUUAUGCUGAUCUCAGUUAGCAAAGAGGUCUCCGCACGUCUAAACAUAAUAUUGAAAUAAAAAUUUUAUCACAUCAUCUCGUGUUCCAUACUUUUAAUUAAGCAAGUUCAAAUAACUUCCACGGGCCGGAUGAACUUGACUCGUUGGCCGGAUCCGGCCCGCGGACCGUAGUUCGGUGGCACCUGAACUAGACCACCCGUGUUGCCGGCGUUGUAUAUCUGAUUCAGAUAGAUUAACCAUGUUGCCAAUGCUGUAUAUCUGAUUCAGAUAGAUUAGCAAUAUUGUCAGCGUUGUAUAUCUGAUUCAGCAAGAGUAACUUUAUUGCUAGAGUUGUAUAUCUCAUGAGUGUUGUUCGACUAUGGCAUUGAAUUUCUAUUAUUCUAAAUUGACCAUUUUUGGUUGUUGUUUUUUUGGUUCAAAUUUAGAAUCGUUUUGACACAAUUGGUGUAAACAAAAUUUGGAUGAAUCGUUUUUCUUCCUCGAUGUCAGAUGUACCCGAUUUUUAUUUUAUUGAAAUCAAUUAUUAAAAAAAACAAAAAAACCAUUAAGUCCUAAAAUGUACUGGUUACAACUCACGGUUUAGCAGGACAUGUCUAAAAACAAAAACUUUACUGGUAACAAAAAAGUAUAAAUGGUAAACUUAUAUUAAAACAAUAAGUUAAUUAUAUACCAAUUUUCUAACUAUGAAAUAUUUGGCUUAUAUUUAAAAAAAAAAUGGAAAUUUUUUCUAGACUCUUUAUUCUUCUCCAGGUGGUCUAUUUGAACUUUAUAUGAAUGAUAGUCUGUUUGUGACGUAUACAGAUUUGGAGAGAAGUAUGGU